AUGUCCAUUUCUUCCAGUAAUUCGCGAUUUAGUUCCCUUCAAGCACGACCACCGACUCCACCACGAGACACCAGUCCCCAACCCGACAUAGAUGUAGAGCUCGAUAAAGCAAUCGAACUUCUCGAGGACAACUUUGACAUCAAACAAUCGAGCGGUACCCGCUCUAUGGAUGUUACUGCCCAGACUUUACAAUUCACUCCUCCUUCCUCUGGCGGUGAUCAUAUUUCGAACAGCAAUAAGAGGCGGAAACGCGUCGAGAUCUCUGGAUGGAGUACAUACCACAAUCAUCCUAACGCCUCUAAUCUGAGAGCUCUACCUCGAGCAGGAACCCCGCUCAAAUCUAUACUAAAAGCGUCUGAGCCAAGUCCGCUGGUUGAGAACACAAAGAACAUUGCUCCUGCCGCUGCACAGAGUGCUCACGACUUCGAAAGCGUGGAGAAAAUGCUGCAAGCUGUGAUCGAUCAGCUAGCUGAAGAGGGCAGAGAUGCACGUGGAGAUGCCUAUGUUGUACUCCAGGGCGCCUUGAAACACUAUGAGGAGGUCCCUGGGGGUGUGAAGGCUCUAGUCGAAAGAAUACCUACACUUCUAGGGUACAUUGAGCGAGACAUGGGAUCCGAAGGUGUCAUGAACAUGACUGUGGUAACACAGGCCAUCAAAUUCACUGUUGCUCUGCUCCACAUCCCACAAGCAGCGAACGCAAUGGACGAUGACUUUCGAGAGUUUGUUGUUGAGCGUGCCAUCGCCAUACUGGCAGAUUCAAAUGCACCCAAAGCGUUCACCAAUCACUAUUUGAAUUUGGUAGGACACCAAAAGUUUCCAUCUCACAUCAUGACAGACAAGAGAGUCGAGAGGCUUCUGGAAAUCCUGAAUCCGAUUCAUGAUAGAGUAAAAGGCAACUCAAUGGUCAUCGUGCGUCUCCAUGUAUACAGACGAUUGAUUCUGCAAUCGCCCCAGUCUAUGGCCAGCAGACUGACACCCUGGCUCGAAAAUGUCUUUCACGCAAUGGUCAGCAGCAUCAAAGAAAUACGGUCACGGGCUAUUGAUGUCGGCCUUCUUGCUGCCAAGGAAUUCUCAUCUCUGAAGCAUACUCAUAUCGCAACUUCGGCUAUUCUCGACCACGAAUCAAAGGUCGGGAAGUCUUAUAUUAAUUACAUCGUGGCACGCCUGACUCAGAUGGCCGCAAAACAAGAAGAAGCCUUCCAGGUCCCUCAAAUAUGGUCUAUCGUGGUAUUACUUAUGAAAGAAAGACCGGGGCAUCUUGACACCUGGCGCCAUCUAAAGUCAUGGCUACGGGUGUUCGAAAAAGUACUCAAGAACUCAGAGGAUAAUGUACGAAAGCAGGCUGUUCUUGCGUGGAAUCGCUUUGUGUACGUCGUGAUCCUGAGAGACGGUGUGUCUGAUAGCAUGGCAAAUCUCCUUCGUAAGGUCAUCAGCGUUUGGUUUCAAGAUGACAAGACGGAGAAGACCACUUCUAACGGCCGGACCCAUGCCACAAUGGCGUACGCUACUUUGCUAUAUUACUCCUUGCGGCCAGGCCUACCGACUCAAUCCCACUGUCAUUCAUGGCGAAACUUUGUGAGCGAAAUGGCUUUUCCUACUGACGGUGAAUUUGGUCUCGACGCUUCAGUGAUAACCCAGGUUCUUCAUAGACUCUUGAUGCGUGGGCAGAUCAAGUUCUGGAACGAAGGCAAAGUAUUCGAAACCCCAUCAUCAGCGACCCUCGAAGACCUUCCCCAUCUUGACUCGAAGUGGAUCAGACAGAAUAUUGCGCUGGUCCUCCAACCCAUUCGCCUUUGCUUAAAUAGCGGUCCAUGGGAACCAACUAUCAACAAAUCGACUUCCGUCAAGGAUAUGUGGCUCUCGUUUACGCAAGCACUGGCUGAAGCAGGUGUUAAAGAGGUCACAGUCUCAAUGGAGCUGAAAGAUGCUAUUGCGCACGUCACGAACAUGUUUCAUAGCUUCUGGAAUGAUUACCCUGAAUCGCUUUCAAACCACCGACGCAAUGGCGACAUGUGGAUGGAAAAAUUCGGAUUCCUCAUCUCAUCUGCAAUGACAAGUCUUGGUCCUCUGUACUUCAGCGAGCGAUUGUUGUCUCGGAAUGGCGAGGCAGACUUUGAAGCAGCUCCGACACCUUCCCACCGGUCCCGGCUCCAGGUUUCGCUACACUCGCCAUUGCUAUCCCUUCUCGAGUCGAUCCUAAGAGUUGGGCCUGACAGCAUAGGGGACCAGAGUCGCCUUGCGGUGAUACAACGAAUGAUAGCUACCUGUCUGAACUCAAGGAACAUGAAACAAGCUAAAGUUCAGCUUCUCCGGGAUUGCACAAGUAUCAUGAUGCCUUUGGCUAAGGGAAGACCCAUCAGUCAGGCCCUGUGGCAUUACCUCGCGGAUCUAACGUCAACAACGUUGCGUUCACCUCCAGAUGGUAUCUCUGUUCCGGGCAAGUCUUUCGCUUUCAUUGUCGAAAUUCUGUCGGCGGGUGUGGAUCAGGAUGACGUGCAGUUGCAACCAGCUUGGGAAGAUCUCUACGAAGCAUUUUCUGAGACUGUGGCACGCGACUCUGGAGAUGCGGGAGUUACAAUCGCUGUUUCAGAGCCUAUGUCAGCUUUGGCUCCAAACAAAAGCUCUCUGACUAGAGUUACUUUUCUCCACAUGGCUACAAUGAUUCUCAAGUAUAAUCGCCAUCCCAAAAGCCAGCGUGCUCUACGACAGAGCCAUGAAGCGCUGGGUACUUCUUCAAGUCAUCUCCACCGCAACUCAGACUUCGAUCCGUAUCAUAGUGUAUACACUAUGGUGCACCUCGCGCUUGUUCUGGCCUACAACAGUCUUGACUCUAUCAACAAGAAAACGGUGCAAUCGGUCAUACAUGAACUUCGUAAGGCCAUCGAGACCUGUCCUCAGUCUCUGGCAGGACUGUUCCUGCGGAAGAAUCAGGAUUCUCUCAGUGUUUGGAUCCAAGAUAAGGAUCGCCGCCUUGUCAACAGCAGUGCUGACAGUCGUGAUAUUGUUAACGAGGUCAUUGCUCUGUGGCGAACUGUAAUUUUAACAUUCAGGGCGUUGCCACAGAAAAACACAGCAACACUCGCUGCUCUGGACAUUCUAUUAAUAGCUGGGUUCUCUAGUAGUCGACGCGAGAUCGUCAAUGCUACUGUGGAAUUUUGGAACGACACGUUUGGAAAACAGGACACACUUGCUUAUCCAAGCCCAUUAGUGCCCGUCAUUGAAAGGCUGCGACGAGUUCUUGACAUCGAAGUUCCAUCUUUUCCAGACAUCAGCGCCGACGAGGACAUAGUCCCCCUAUCUUUCCUAGACUCCCAAGACGACUCUCUGAUGAGCUCGCCAGUAAGCCCUAACAAGAAGAAUAGGAAUCUAGCUGUGACUAGAUCACCAGCGUUCUCAAGACAUUCUCCAAAAGUAUCCCCCAUGCGAACUCACAGUCGCACCCCUGUCCGGAAGGCAUCAAAAGGUCGCCUUCGUCACGAGGACUCGCAGCUACAAUUUGCAGCAAUUGAUUCGUCGCCUUUAGGCGGAAACGAUGCUAGCUCUCAACUCUUGACGGAAAAUCAGAAAGAGGUGCUGGCAAAGCAAAGGCAAGAAGCAGCUAUGAUGUUUCCCGACAUCAGUACAGCAAUAUCGAUACCACUAAGUGAGGCGAGCCCUGAUAACUCUCGAUUGAAUAUACUUCCCAGGAAUCGGCCUAAAAGAGUCGUCAAUACCCCUCCAGCGCGAAAGGAAACUCCUACCGCGAAGCUUGAAGCCCAAGUGUUUGUAGGAUCUUCGCCAACACCUGUGCCCGGACAAAGGUCUCGUUCUACGAGUUCCGGACGCCAAAGGAGGAUGGCCACGGAGCUUCCUUCAUCGCCACCGAAGUCACCUGUACCGAGAAUCAGUAAAUUGGUUCUUCAUUCUUCAAGCGAUUUCGCCCAGGACCGUUUUAUGCAUCGAUCCCACAACCACAAAGAACGUGAAGACAUGAUUGACAUCGGGGAGAACGACUCCACCCUUGAAGCCCAUGGUCUCGCUCCAUUUGAAGACGAAGAAGCUGACCUUCCUGACGGAGAGUUCGAUCAAGGACUUGAUGAUACAAUGCCCGAUGUUACUAGCUCAGAUGCGGACAUCCUUCUUAAUGCACAAAUUAAUAACGAGAUAACGUCGCGCAAGGAACGCCAAAGUCCUCAACCGCCCGUUCCCACGACUUUUAGCGAUGUGUUCGUAGAUGCCCCAACCGAAUGUCUCGAACACAACGAUAUUGAUGAAGCGGAAUUUGUCGACGCAUCGCCCGAGCUUGAUACAGCUGUUGUCGCUGAGGAGGUGACCAUCAGGCGUGAGAACGAGUCAUCUGUACCUUUGGCCUUCAAAGCAGAGGCUGAGACAGAAACGGACGAGGAGCGCUUGAGCCAGAUUGAGGACAGUUUCGCAGCGCCUAGCUCUUCGCAGGUAGAAGAUGCAUCUGCGUCCAGUACGAGAGCAUCUCGCAAGCGCAAAAGUGGAGAAGGUGUCAUCAAUACUGCCGCGUCGAAAAGACCUAAGAGAGGGCAGGGCACAGGACUUGCGAACGACUCCCAAUCAUCGCAAACGCAACGCAGACGCGGCCCUGGACGUCCACGCAAACAGAUGACCGAACUCACCUCGUCGCAACUUGAAGCUGCCCUUGAUCUGACGUCUGACGGGUCCAGCGAGGUCCCAUCACAGCCGCCAUCAGUAGUAGAGUCAACGGCAUCAGAGUCAAGACGGUUGAGUCACGUCCAGGUCACGCCGCAACACGAGAAGACGCGUAAGCGUAGCUCAGAUCAGGCACUAGGUCAUGUAGAGGUGGAAGCGAACUCAGCUGCCUCAAGCUCACAGAGGCAGCGCCCGAUCUUGCGGCCGAAGAGCAUUAUAGAUCGACUGAAAAGCAUGCUUACCGAUCUCAAGAGUUACGCAUUUGGAUCAAUGGAAGAAUAUCACGAGGCGGACAGCUUAAUGGCUGCCAUUCGAAGAGAAGGGUUUCGGGCGAGUGAGCGGGGCGAGCAGGACUUGGAAUAG